AUGUAUGGCUUUGGAUCGGGAAUCGAUUUUAAAAAUACUCACCCAACCAGCAUCACCGCCAAAAGACAAGCCAAGCCGAAACCCAAAGCGAACCAAGCGAAAACAGUAGUGCAAAGAGGUGAAGAUCACGUUCCGCCAGGUACACUUAGAGAGCAUACAACAUCACAAAGUCCCCACAAGCAGAGCGGCAGAGCGUCGAUCGCGAAGGAAUGUUCCUCUCACUGCUCCCGGCUAGUGUUCAACUCCAGCCGGAUGAAGAACGGAAGCGUAGCGCCUUCCCACUCGAAGCAUUCGGGUUUAUUUCCAUCGGCCAUUUGCUAUCAGUAUGAAUUUAUCGGACAGGGAUUAGAGCGCAUUCAGAUUGUGUUUUCCGAAUUCCGUCUGCCGACAAAGUUGGAGCCAAACGAAUGUGGUGAAACGGAUAUUCUGAUGGUGCUCUCCAAUCGGGGCGACCGAGACGAGGUGGUCGAAACCCUCUGCGGGGACACUCUGCCGAAGCCGGUUCUGUCGAACGGACCGCGGCUAUUGCUGGAGUUCCGCAGCAGCUUUAAUAACACCGAAAACAAGGGAUUCACGGCGGAUUUCUUUUUUGUCACCAAUUUCGGGAUUCCCACCGGGUAUCAACCGGACCAGGCAAAGUGUAGCUUUCACUACUUCAAGAACGCUACCAACCAGGGCUGGAUUCAGUCGCCCAACUUUCCCGGUGCUUAUCCGAGGAACAUCCGGUGCAAUUACUUCUUCUACGGCGAUCCGCACGAUUACGUCCUGAUACGGUUCACCUACUUCGACAUCGAGGGAAUCGCUUCCUGUGACGAGAACACCGCAAGCGACUACGUGGAGUUUUCCAACUUCGUCACCCGGGACCGGAAGUUUGCGCUGUACUGUGGCUUACGGCGUGAUCUCAUCGUCCGGUCGGAUGGCAGAUUCUUUCGCGUUACGAUGGUAUCGAACGAUCGGCUCGACGGAACUGGUUUCCGGGCACUCUACGCCUUCGAGAGUAGCAUUUCGGCCGGAAUGAUGGGUGGACCGUCUGGUGGUGGUGGUGGCGGUGGAGUGGUCGGCGUUGUUGGAGCCGCCGGCGUUCCCUACAUGCCCCAACAGUACCACACACAGACAACGACAGGACGAAGUGUGGUCGCGGUGGCCAAAGUUACCAGCGGUGGACGGACCGCAGCAUCCGCUGCAGCCGUUUUAAAAGCGGAAUUUCACACGAACGUCACCUUGCUUUCCUUGCCAUUGCUACUGGCAUUCAAAACAAUCAGCCAAUUGGUCACGUACCUAAUCCGUAACCAUCAUCACAAUCAUCGCCAUCGGCAUCACCAUAUCCGUACGGCUAUUGUUGGCGAAUGCUGA